GCAGACAGCCAGCACCAGCUCUUCCGAUAUUCACCGUAGAAACCAUGGCAACGCCUUGUGAGGAGGAGGCUUCCCUGUCCGCUUGCGCUGCCUGCAAAGCAGAAGGCAACACAGCCUAUGCCAAUGGGGACCUUGAGACGGCCAGAGAGCACUACGCGGCUGCCUUGGAGCAUUGGGAGGCGGCCCUGCGCCCUGCGCCCAGCGCCCACGAGAUCGGCGCGCGCGUUCGCUACAGCCGGCAUGGCUUUGGUGUCGUGAUGAGUGCCUUUACCAUGUUCGAUGAGUACUUCUUGAAGGAUCUGGGCAACGACCAAGCCAUUUGGGCCGGUGAGCCUGGGGGUGAGCUCAAACGCUCGCCAAUGGGCCUGAACACCUACUACGUAGCACCCCAGGCGUCCAGCGUAGAAGGGCAAUCUUUGGCCGAACGCAGCACGCAGUCGCCUGUCACCCGUGCUGUCGCCUGUGCCACAGCAACACACCGCAGUUCUGUCGGCACAGGUUUGGGGCAAGGAAGACGGGGGGGCUCUUGGUACGGCAGUGAGAAUGAAAGAUGUUGCGGUUGACCAUAUAUCUUUGAGAUUCUUUGGAUUUAUUUGAGUCCUUUGAUCACAGCAUUCCGAUUCCGGCAAAGGCACUGGUUGGACGUUCCAUACUGCGCACUUGACUUGAAGGAGUACCCGCCAGAUGUCCAAGCUGGCCUGCGGGCUUUGUCAGUGAUGACAUGUGAUGACCAGCUGGACCAGCUGGAAAAACUGAGAAAAUGCACGGUGCGGACCAGGUCAUUACGUGACAUCGGCGAGGCUUUCUGGCGGACAUGUCGUAAGCUAUGCUUGCAGCUGCUUGCGUGCGCCAAAGAGUUCAGCGGGUGCCUGAGGAAUUAGAUGAUCAGCACUUGAGGCAAAACAGCACGGACACCUGAGUUUGGCAAUUUUCAUGCCAGCAGCUUAGAGGUUGAUGAGUUACAGACAUGUGUGCGCUAAACCUUUGGAGAGACAUGCGCGUUUGGCCAACAUGUGCGACGUGAACCUGCAGUAACACACCCAAUGCAAUACAUCGUUUGUAAAUGUUUCUAAUUACGAUUUUACACAGAGAUACC